UGUCAUGUGUUACUCUCAAAUCCAAUUUGCUCAAACAGCUUUAUAAUCAUCAAUUUAACAUCAUCAUCAUGAUUAUCAUACUGAAACUAUUUUUACCUUAAUUAGUACUUGUGAUUUCUAGGUGAUCUUGUGUUCCUACUAAAUCUAUUUUUCUUAUUACAUUUUUUUUUCUCUUUCUCUAUUUUGUACUUAAUAGAGAAAGCCUAUGUGUUUUCCUCUUUAGGUAAACACUUAUCUUAUGUGUUGUUUGUUAAUCCAUUAUCAUAACGGACAAUAAAAGAAUGUGUUUCUUUGAAGCUGGUUAAAGUUUUAUAUAUCAAUUUUUAUUGGGGUAGGAGAUUUUCUUUUUCUUCUUCCUUGACAAAUUGGUAGUCACAAUUGAUGUGAAAUACACGAAGUUUGUGUGAGUGAAGCUAAGAGAGUGUAGAAAGAAAGAAAGAAAGAAAGAGGAGUAAGUAUGAUGAAAGGGGCAAUGAUUGAUGAAGGAAAAGAAAUAAUUCCAAUGUUCCCAAGAUUGCAUGUUAAAGAUGCUGAAAAAGGAGGAGGGCCUAAAGCACCACCAAGGAAUAAGAUGGCUAUCUAUCAACAAUUCAACAUUAAUAUGCAUAUGCCUUCUCAAAAUUAUGCCUCAGGAUCAUCAACAUCCUUGUUUCCUCUCCAUCUUAGAAGCUUCACACCUCCUUCAAUAUCUCCCUAUCCAGAUGAUUUCAUCAACACUAGGUGUUUUCUGAAAACAUUUGAUGGUGAAUAUGCUGGUUCUGCCCAUGAGGGAAAUUCAGGUUGUAACCUUAAGCAAAAUGACAAGGAUGAAGACAAACUUCCACUUAAAAGUCUCAAUUCAUUUAGAGAGAAGGUGAAUUCACUUGUGACAAUAGAACUGAAUUCCACACAAUAUGAGAAAAACGAAAGAGAAGAAGAAGUGUCUCAAAAGUCACAAGAAGAUGAAGAGAAGACAUAUAGACAUUAUAAUGGCUUAAAUAAACCAAGGUUGGAAUGUAAAUUGGGCAUGGAUAUUUCCCCAAAUGAUGUUCUAGGAGUUAUAGGUGAAAAGCAAUUUUGGAAAGCAAGAACAACUAUAAUCAAUCAACAAAGAAUCUUCCUCAUACAACUGUCUGAGUUGCAUAGGCUCAUAGAGGUACAAAAAACAAUUGCUAGAUCACCCCAUCUAUUGCUUGAAGAUAUCCAUGUCUUGAACAGAACACUACCAAAACCAUCACCAUUCAAGAGGUUACAAUCUGAUUAUGUCGCCGAUCAAUCGCCGGCCGGUAAACUCGCCAAUCAUUCCGAAAACAUUGCAAUUGGUGGCAAGAUUCCCCUUCCUCCUCCUUGUAUCAACAACAUAAGCAAAGGUCAUUUUAAUAACCAUGGACAUUAUAUAGGAAAGCCUACAUUAUUAACCUCUCUAGAUUCAAUGAAUACCAAAAAUACCCUAGGUUGUGUGUACCCUACUUCACAAGGAAACCAAUGGUUAGUUCCUGUUAUGUCCCCAUUAGAAGGCCUUGUAUAUAAGCCAAUCAUAGGGCCAUGCCCUCCAAAUCCAAGUCUCAUAACACCAAUAUAUGGUCCUUAUAGUCCUCAGCAUGUUCAAGAAGUACCAACUCUUCCCCCCACAAAUUCUCACCAAAGAAUUGGAUCCCUCUCUGACUCUUUUUCACCACCAAUGAUGCAUCCAUCUAUUGAGCACCCCAAUAAUAAUAAUAAUAACAAUAACAUUAAUAAUGGUCAUGAAAGUCACCAUUAUUCAUCAUCACUUGGAGAAGUGAAUUCCUCCAUAUUGUACAAAAGCCCAUCAUCUAACAUUAUUACCAAUUACCAUACAAGUCAAAUAAUGCCAAGAACUACCAACAAUGUUAGAAAAGAUAAAGAUAGAAGCACAACAAGUAGUAGGAGUAGUAGUCCUUGCAAGAAAAUGAAAGGUGAUGUACUUCCUUUGUUCCCUGUGGCACCAACAUUUUUGGCAUCAAAUAAUGUUGAUCAUCAUCAUCAUCACCAGGCAAAAGUUAUCAAAGCAUUGCCUCACAAUCCAAAAUCAGCAACUGAAUCAGCUGCAAGGAUAUUUAGAUCAAUACAAGAAGAAAGGAAAUAUUUGUAGUUGGCCAUCAAUGUCAUAUUAUAUAUAUAUUA